GAUUGAAGAAAACCAUAUUCAUGUCCACUCCUCGCAAGUAACCUCGUUCAUUCCUUGUCACCAAGCGCAAUCAAUCCACAGGGGGCUCGACGUCAAAACCAAUCCCUUAGCCAUUUCACAGUCCUCAAACAGCCACGAGAUGGUGCUACAGCUCCGCGACCCGCCUCCGCCACCGCCGACCAUCACGGUGUUCCCCAACAGCAUAACAAUGCCGCCGCCGCAGACCGUCACGGUGUUCCCCAACACCUUGCCGAUGCCGCCGCCGCCGCCGUCCCAACAGCACUCCCACUCUUCGAACGGGUCCUUCGGGACGGUGUUCAUGGUCCUCGCGAUCGUCCUCGCCGUGUCCGCCAUCGCCUGCUGUCUAGGCCGGUUCUGCAACCGGCGGUCGCGCAGCGGCGACCCGCCGUCGAAGCAGGACCGCCGGCCUCGUCCGAAAGAGAACGACAUCGAGUUCGGCUUCGACGGAAAAACUCUAACCGUAGGUAACCCGAUGGCCGGCAACGACGGAGGACCCCAAAUGAUCCAUGACAAGGAUAAGGCAGGUUUGGGUGGAGGGUUUCGAUUCCAGACUAGGCCUAGAGUCGAUGAGCCAAAGCCUGGUGCAGCAUGACAUGCAAGCGCAUGCCAUUCUAGUUUUUACAUUGCACGCAGUCUUUGUAAAAUCCUCUAUACAAGAAGAUGUUUGACGUUCAAUUGUCGUUGUCUAUGAUCUCGGACACUUGUAUCUAUUUCGAUGAUCACCAAGCAUAAAAGAGCAUAAAUCUGAGUUCUAA